UAAUUUCUCAGCGUACACUGCACCUCGGCACGCACGCAGCAUCGCGCAAAUCUUCGACGAACUUAUAGCUUAUUAUUAUCACUGCCUUCAUUGAAAGGACUUGUUUUGAAGCAUAUACUUCUAUAAAUUGCAACGCGCACCGUCAUUUUUCCCCAUGCCACGGAUCGGACGCGCUAAGAUCCGUCAUCAUACGUCUGCGGUCUCUCUUCCAAGGCCUGAUGUCCAACAAGGAUUUUCAGCCGAUGUCGAGAUCACAGCGGAACCAGCGGUCGUUCUUCAACCUGUGCCCACGUUGGUAGAGCAGGAACGGCCCAAAGGCAAAAAAGGAUUACUUUUGCCUCCCCAACCUGCUGACACCAUAUCAGGCAAAGCUCCCCACCCUUACUUCAUUCCAUCCAAAUCCCACCUUCGUCGACAAAAACGCAAAGCUCGUAACCUUGCCGGCGGCCUUGGGUCUCUUGAAACUGCAUUGGAGGGUGUGCUUCCUGACGAAGAUCUCAAACCUGCUCAAGUUGUUGCCCUCAAGGAGGAAAAGAGAGUAAAAACGAAGGAGGAGAGAGAAGAAGAAAGAAGGGCACGAUUAGAGAAAGAGAAAGAAAAGAGGAAAAUCGGAAGCGGUAAGGGAAAGACAUUGGGAGAGAAAAAGCGAAAAAACAUCGUCCAGGAAAGUUCGAAGAGGAUUCCAGCCGUGAUGAAACAUCCAGCAUUUCAGCAAAAUCCCUGGGCGGCCAUCAGAGAACAUGUUGGAAACACGAUCGCCCAAAAAGAUCCUUUGGAGAGAGACAAGUGAUCACGGUAUACAUCUUCUAUCCCAGCCAAUGUUUGUUGUAUAAACUACCAUGUAAAGUGUUCCUCUUACCCAGCAACCGACAGACGUGGGCUAUGGCUGAGAUUUCAAGAACUCAAUUUUGACAUAAUUCUAGUGAGAUCGAUGUACAGGCUCAGUAUUGAGCGGACUGGAAACAGCGGAUACUAGGACGCCUGACUGUUAUACCAAUGAGUAGUCUCACAGAGGUGCGGGUCUGACCUUUGAAAAUGUUUAUUAUGUUCUCCCUGUGUAGGAUCACAUAGGCGGGCUCACAGUUAUAACCCAUUUGGCGGAAGAAUCAUAUGUCGGUCCACCACUGGCGACGAUCAGGAAGAUGAAAAGUGAAGGGCACAAUGAUGAGCCAACAAGUGAUCGGAUGGCAUGAGAUGAAUGACGAAAGUGUUAAGGUC